GGCAAAAAGAACUCAACACCUGAAUCAGGACAACAAAACUAGUCAGACCACCACAUCAUGGAGAGCAUCACCCAUCUUUUCAGCAGCUUGCCCCACAGUCGAGAAUCAGCCCUGCAUGUGACGGCAAGCGUUGAAGGGAACCCUAAUCUGGCUGCGGGACUUCUCCUGGGUUACGUCUUCAUGGGGCUUGCCACUUACAUCUGGGUCUUCUGGUCGCAGCGCAGCAGGCUUGAAGGUCUCAGAUUAACCCUCUCGUGCCAGAUUCACGGCCUCAAGAACGUUCAAAAAAUCCAAGGCAAUCUUCUCCCUCUGCUCUUUAUCGACUUUGUGAAUGCAGUCACAGCAAUCAUCAUAGCGAUUGGGUUCCUCACGUCCACCUGCAACUCUGAAUUACACUGUGAAUAUGUUGUCAUUGCGUGGUAUCUGUCGAGAUGCUUUGGAUUUAUUUUACAUCUCCUAAACACCUGGGUGUGCCUCAUUUUCCUGUGCCACCCAGAACGGGGUGUCAAUCAGUGGUGGAUUUACUUACCCCUUAUUAAAUUAGGGUUUAUAUUUAUCCCUGCUUUUAUACUACAACCCGCUGGGACAAUGACGGGGUUGCAAGUAAUGAUCAUUGUUUUUGCUCUGCUAAUCCCUGUAAAGUGUGUAGUGUCAACCGCCGCGUCACCCUCUAAUGCCAUUUGGAAGAAACUGAUUGUGCUUGUCGCCAUGCUCACAUUUUUAAUUGUCUUCACUCCCACUUUUAUUCUUGAGUGGCUAAUGAUCACCAUGCCUGUAGAGCAACAUUUCAUGAAUGCUCUGUUUUACACAAACUUUCAACUCUUGUUGGACGGUCUCCUUUGUUAUUGUUUCCUGAAGUUGCCUUCUGAAGAUCAACAACAACAACAACAGGAGCACCAGCGACAACCCAUGACUUUUGAAAACCAAAUCUACAACGUGUCUUCAAAUGUAAAUGUGCCAACGCUUAAUAUGUCUCGUUUUGCAUCACAACAGUUGUCAGCUGUUGGGGGCGGCAGUAGCUCAGUCUGAGGAGACUUGACUUGAGAACCAGAGGGUCGCUGGUUCAAAAUCCCUGAACGGUCUAGAAAUGGCAUGUGGGCUGGCAGCUGGAGGGGUGCCACUUCACACUCUGGGCACCGCUGAGAUGUUAUUGCUGACCCUCUGCCAUCAUUGCGUGUCUGUGUGGACUGAUAAAUAAAGGAACUACAUUUAAUUUCAUUAACUUAAAUGACUGAUAAUUUGGUGAAGAAGAAUGGGUCAUAAUUCAUUAGUCAUCCACCCUCGCUAUUCUUGUCUUCAACGACAAACAAUCUGUAAAUGUAAAAAUUAGCAUCGCUUUCACUUUACUUAUGUGUCUCUGGAUUUUACUGUCAAUGGCUGGAAAAAAUAAACCAUUUGUCACCUUUGUUUCCUUGUAACACUGAACACAUUUUGAUUUGAAAGAACUGAGAAUAAAAUUGUUUUUUUUUUCAAGUUUAUUAGAUUAUUCGGUUAAGCUCUUAAAUACAACUGUAAUUCAUCUUUAAAGUGUGUACUGUGAUCUACAACAAAGAAAUGUCAGCCAAAUAAAAUCAGAAUUUGACUUCA